CCGACAAACGGGAAGUGAUUCAGGAAGUAGCUUUGACAUCGAUAGCUAUAGGAAUACGAGCACGGUUUUAGCAGGCAAAUCAAUAAAAUAUAACUUGUAACCUACCCGUACACCGCCGAAAUACAAUACACCAUGUCUAGGCAGUCCAACAGAUCCACCGACAGCAAGAAGAUGAAUUCUGAACUGUUUACUCUCACAUAUGGAGCCCUGGUCACUCAACUAUGUAAGGACUAUGAGAAUGAUGAGGAAGUCAACAAGCAGCUUGAUAAAAUGGGUUACAAUAUUGGAGUGCGUCUCAUCGAGGACUUCUUGGCUCGCUCCAGUGUAGGCAGGUGUCACGAUUUCCGAGAAACAGCUGAUGUCAUUGCAAAGGUAGCCUUUAAGAUGUACCUGGGCAUUACCCCCAGUGUAACCAACUGGAGCCCUGCAGGAGAUGAGUUCUCCCUCAUCCUGGAAAGUAACCCCCUGGUAGACUUUGUGGAGCUUCCAGAUAACCACAGCACUUUGAUCUACUCCAACUUGCUUUGUGGAGUGCUGAGAGGAGCGCUGGAGAUGGUUCAAAUGGCGGUGGAUGUGCGAUUUGCUCAAGACACACUAAGAGGAGACAACGUGACGGAGAUCCGUAUGAAGUUCAUCAAGAGGAUUGAGGAAAACUUGCCUGCAGGAGAUGAAUGAGGCUGUUGUGAUGUGUUAGUGCUGGAGCAGCACUGGCCUCUUGCACCUGAGAGACUUCAAUCAUGAAAUUUUGGUGGGAACCACAGACCUACAGUUCAGUCAAAAGAAACAGUACAAAGAAAAAAACAACUGAGCUCGUUUCCUGCUCCUCAGACAUUGAAAUACAGUACAUCCUCACUCAUCUUUUGUAUUUUUUUUUUUCCUGUCUUUUUGGUUAAGGCCAUUACAACCACCUGACACUUUUUUAUCUUUCCUAACUCGUUAGAUGUAAAGCUCUGUUCAAAAGUUCAAGAAACAAAAUUCUCCAGCCCUUGUUAUCGCUUGGAAAGUUCAUAUUGUAGAAUGACUGCUGUUAUUUUAAACUGAAACACCCUCUCCUAAUAUGUGAUAAAACAUUUUAACUUACA